AGGGCCAGCGCGGCCGACCGCAAGAAGGCCCUGGUCGCGAGGGCGCCGGCGGCCACGGGCGAGCCGACGGCGCCGCGGCCAGCGCCGCGGGCCGCCGCGGCAGGACACCCCGCGAAGGCGAAGAAGGGUGCGGCCCCGCCUCGUAUGCCUCGUGAGGGGCUCGAGCUGGCCAUUCGCGACCUCGCUCAGGCGAUCCAGUACGGCCAGAUGCAGCGGGAGGCGGCGGCGGCGGCAGCAGCGCUGGCCAGCUGCAUGCCACCGCCUGGUUUCACACAGGCCGACGCCGCGCCCUUCGCGCACGCGCCGAGCAAGGACGCCCCGGCCUACGUGACCUUCGGCAAGCCCGAGAGUGCGCGGGAUCCUUGGUGCCCGUGGAAGGUGCACUACUGCGGGAGCGAGGCGAGCACCAGGGACAACGCCGGCUUCUCGCGGGCGUGCUCCGAUUUCUCGCGGGCGGCGUCCGAGGAGCUGUAGGGC